UAGCGGGGCGGGGCCGGGCGGUUCCGCCCGGCGGCUCUAAUGGCGGUGGCGGUGCUGCGGCCGCUGGACGCUCCGCCGGCGGAGCUGGCACCGGCCACCGCCCUGCUGCUGGCACCGCCGCCGCUGUGCGCGGCCUUGCGCGGUCGGGGCGGCGGGCUGGUGCUAGCGGUACGGCCGGCGGGACGCGGCGGGGCUCAGGCCGUAUUACUGAACGCCGUGGCCUUAGAGGCCGGCGGCCGGCGGGGCGCGGAGCUGUGGUUACGCGGGGCCUUGUUGCGGCGGUUGGGAUUGGCGGCCGGCCGACGGGUGGCCGUCUGGCCGGUACGCCGCCCACCGCCUUUGGCUUGGGUAUUGCUGGGUGCCGUGGGAAGGACGGGACGGCCGGUAAACGGUGCUGUACUUGUCCGGCGGGGCGAGACGGUACCGGGACCGGGACCGGGGCCUGGCCCACUGGUGUUAGAAUCGAGGCCGGCGCUUCAGGGGUUGCUAGGCAACGGCACGCGCACCGCCCUCGCCCCCCCGCCCCCGCCGCCGCUGCAGCGCGAGCCCGCGACCUUUAGCGCCCCCUGCCGGCGCCCCACCGCGCCACCCCUCGUCUCCCGGUUCGCCGCCACCGGGACCGGGAAAAGCGCGGGGGGACACGAAACGGCGGCGGUGUUAAGGGCGAUCCCCGGCGGCGGAACGGGCGGUGGAGGGGUAGAGGUGUGGGUAAGCCGACGGGGUUUGUUGGCGCUGGGGUUUUUCCAAGGGGAGUGGGUAAGGGUGGGCGCCGAGGGAACGGGUCGUGAGCACUUGGCGGCUUUGCUGGCCCGUCCGCCGCCUUGGGAAUAUCCGCGGGCCGCCCGCCGCGGCCCGGUUGAUGGGACAGCACUGUUGGCCCCCGCCCUGGCCUUCAAUCUGGGCUGCGAGCCCGCCGCCGCCUCUCAGCUUCACCUGCGGAGGUACGAGAGAUCCGGGGCAGCAGAUGGGAAAGGCAGCCGGUCCGUCUUAUCCGUGCCUCCCUUCGCCAAGGAGCUGCACCUAGAGAUCGUCUGCUCGCCAGCCUACAGUGCCCGGGGAAGCUACGACCGGCUUCUCUACAAGCACUUUGAAACGCCCCGGCUUGUCCAGGAGGGAGACAUCCUGUGUGUUCCAACAUUUGGACAUGCUGAGUUUUUAGAAGUAAAUGCAGACAAAUUCCUAAGGUGGCCAGAGCUUUACUUUAAAGUGAGGAAGAUUUUAGGCAUGGUGGAAGGCGAGCAGUCUGAGGGUUACCUGGUGGACACCCAGAACUCCUCUCUCUAUCUGGUGGGUUCAACAAACAGCGCUGUCCCAUCUUCCCCAGCCUAUAACAGCCAUGAGUUCUGGAGCAGUUUGUCUCCUGCUGGACUUUCUGAUGUCGUGAAGCAGCUCUGUGAUGCUCUUCGGCCUCACCUGAACAGUCGGGCAAACGCACUGAGUGGGGCCGGCAGCGUUCUCCUCUCGGGGCCAAGCGGCAGUGGGAAGCUGAUGGCUGUCAGAGCUGUGUGUAGCUGCCUCAACCUCCACCUCUUCAAGGUUGAUUGCGUUAGUUUGUGCAGUGACACCAGUGGAGCCACAGAGGAGAAAGUACAGAUGGCCUUUGCCCAGGCCCAGCAGUAUCAUCCGUGUGUGCUCCUGCUGAAAGACAUCGAGGUGCUUGGCAGAGACCGGGACAGGCUAGGAGAGGACGCCAGGGUCAUCGCUACUCUGAGACAGCUGCUCCUGGACAGAGACCCAGCACUGAGCCACCCUGUCCUGGUGAUCGGCACAACCUGCAAGCCCCAGGAUGUUCCUACAGACGUGCAGACUGCUUUCCUUCACGAGGUGAAAAUCGAAGCCCCUUCAGAAGAGCAGAGGAGAUCGAUGCUGAGCAUGCUGACUGCCAGUCUGCCUCUGGGCAAAGAAGUGAGCCUAUCCAAGCUGGCCCGCAGGACUGCAGGUUUUGUGCUGGGAGAUUUCUGUGCCUUGUUGUCCCACAGCAGCCGGGCUGCUUGUACCCGCAUCCAGGCCUUGAGUUUUCCAGGCGGACUGAGCGAGGAAGUGGAGAGAGAUUUUUGUACUGCUGGGUUCCCAGUGCUUGAGGAGGAUUUUAGUGUUGCCUUGGACCAGCUGCACGACGCCCAUUCACAGGCAGUGGGAGCCCCAAAGAUCCCCUCCGUGUCCUGGCAGGAUGUUGGUGGGCUCCAGGAGGUGAAGAAGGAGAUCCUGGACACUAUCCAGUUGCCCCUGGAGCACCCAGAGCUGCUGUCGCUCGGUCUGUGCCGCUCUGGUCUGCUGCUGUACGGGCCUCCAGGGACAGGGAAGACCUUGCUGGCAAAAGCUGUGGCAACCACAUGUGCCAUGACGUUCCUUAGCGUGAAAGGGCCAGAGCUCAUCAACAUGUACGUUGGGCAAAGUGAGGAGAACGUGCGUAAUGUGUUUGCCAAAGCCAGGGCAGCUGCUCCCUGCAUUAUCUUCUUUGAUGAACUGGAUUCCCUGGCCCCCAGUCGUGGACGGAGUGGAGAUUCAGGGGGUGUCAUGGACAGAGUUGUCUCGCAGCUCCUGGCUGAGCUUGAUGGUCUUCAUUCCACCAGAGACGUAUUUGUCAUUGGAGCUACGAACAGGCCUGACCUCCUGGACUCAGCUCUGCUCCGGCCGGGCAGGUUUGACAAGCUGGUCUAUGUGGGCAUAAACGAAGACCGGGAGUCGCAGCUGCAGGUGCUGAGUGCCAUCACUAGGAAGUUUAAGCUGGAUCAAUCUGUGAAUCUCACCACCAUCCUAGAAAAAUGCCCGGCUCAGCUGACAGGAGCAGACAUCUACGCCCUGUGCUCAGAUGCCAUGAUGUGCGCUGUCAAACGCAAGGUGGAAUGGAUUGAGGAAGGGUUGGAUACCGAGAGCUCUGCUCUGAUCCUGACCAUGGAAGAUUUCCUGCAGGCUGCUGCGAGGUUGCAGCCGUCAGUCUCCGAGCAGGAGCUGCUCAGGUACAGACUCAUCCGGCAGAAGUUUGCUGCCUCCUAACGCUCAGCAGAGCUGCGACUGGAGGUGUGAUGGGGACGGUGUCUUAAGGGGUACGAGAGAACAGGCACAAACAGGCACCCGCCUGCUCUUCUCUGAUGUCUCCUGGGCCCCCUUCUUUCAAGAUCAGGUGGAAAAAGUGGCUGUGCAGUUUCUUGAGCCAAAGCCUGGUGGAAGCGCUGCUCUGCUCAGCCAAGCUGGUGGUGGGUUCUGUAACAGUCCCUCACAUCUCAGGGAGCACUUUGUGGCUGCCAGGAGCAUACCGGGGUGACUCCCCCCUGGGGAGAAAGCCAGGUCUUGUGGUCUUGGGCAAUGUAGGAGUGUCUCCAUGGGUGACAGAACAUGGGAGCAAGGCCCAAACUGCACCCAGUUUGACAGCAAGAGUGGGACUGGAGGCAGUUGCUUGGUGGGGUGUCAGCCCCUAGAGAGGGGUGCUGGCCGGAGGGCAGCAGGACACAGGGUGCUGCUGCUGCAGCUGGCCCGGGCUCGACAUGGUCUCCCUGAAUAAAUACGGAUUUUUGGCACUAGGUA